AUGCAACGAAUUUUCAAACGGCUACAAGACGAUGCCUCGGAGCUUGCAAGCGAAUCGAAAGCUGAUGUGGAGAUUGUCGUCAAAUACAGAUUCCGAGCGCAAUCCCAGGCUCAAGCCCAGAUCCGUGUAGCAAGAGCAGGCGCGCCAGCACGUAAAUCGAGAAGCAGCGGCAGGGUCAAAUCGGAUACGGACUCGGGGUACUCACUCUCUGAUGUGCAAUUUCUGGAAAAAGCCGAAAAGGACGGGAAAUCGAAAGCCGCCCGGAUGAAACGCACUUACAAUGCAGUGGUACUUACGCGAAUGAUCAUUUGGAUUCGGAUAGCUUUUGCGGGACUGUGCUCCGCAAAGCGACUAAUGUUGAAACAUGAGAAGCCAAAGUCCAAACGUACAGAGACAUCGUAUGUGCGAAUCGCGAAUCCCGGAGUUUGGCCGCCACCACGGAGCAGCGAGAUGAAAAUCACAAGUAGUGAAGUAUCGGCCGAACCGGCAUCUUCUGAACAGCAACCAUCCGCCGAAAUUCCGAAAAGGGAGCCACUUGUAAAUGGCCAUUUUGUAAACAACACAUUUCCAAAGGAGAAAACGAAGCAGCAGCAAACAGAGAUGCAAGACAAACGGUCACGAAGCAACGUAAGCAUUUUUCUGAACAAUUAUCUGAGAAUUCCAGUGAUUCUGUCGUUUCAUACUGAUAGCCAGAUUGAUCCAAAGAAACCGAUCCUCAUUCACUGUGAUGAGACUCGCGAGAGAAUACGACAAACAUUCUUACAAACGCUAAAAAAAUCUUACACGAUAAAAGAGGACCAUGCGGAU